UCCUUUGCCCCGUCGCCCACGGAAUUUGCCACCGCCUCCACGGCGACGACGCCGCAGCUCCAGAUCUGAAUCUUUCUCAAGGAAACGAGAUACAAGCAGCCCUGUGAGGACAGCUGUCAGAAACACCUGGCCGCCCGUGAAGGCACCUCCAGUGCGACCUCCCCCAAGGGCAGAGAGUCCAGGCACCGGCGCAAACAAAUCUUCAAGCUCGAAAGUAACUUUGCUAUCGCCUCCACUUCAUCGUCAUCAACGCGGACAGCCAGCAGACCACGUGGAGCUCGACGCUUUGCUUCGAGAUGAUUUGGCGCAGGGAAUGCCGUUCCAUGGCACGACUGCCAGGCCAGACUUACUGGACAAAGAAACUUUGAGUGCAGUGAUCAAGCUGUGCUCCCGGGACGGACCCCGUGCCAGAACUUUCUGGAUUACAGACCCUUUGCUUGAUCAGAGGGAUGGUGUCAGGAUGUUUUGCUUGCUCAGAGGCCGUGCGAACAUGAUCAAGACACCUAACAUUUGCAAGUCAUGGAAACGCACCACUUGGAUGCGGAAGCAUCCGGAGAAUUGGCGUUUGCUGGAGGAGAGAGCUUCGGCAGAGACAGAUCCGUUCUUUCUUGUGAACUUGGCCUUCAAGAGGCGUCACUGUGAAUGA